AUGAGUCAGUCACCACAGCGAUCAAGCUUUGAGCCUUCGGCCCCAGAUGCCGCGACCUUAGUAUCAUCGAUGACUUUAAAAGGCACCAAGGAGACGAGGGCAGCCGAAGCACUCGCAAUGAAAGACGAACAGCUAAAAAUUCUUGGUGGUCAGAAUACUCAACUCCUUGCUUCAUUGAACGAAAUGGACGACGAGAUUAGCAAGCUAAAGCUGAACCAACUCCGACUUGAUGAAGAGAAUCAAAGUCUUCGUGACCAAAAUUUCGAGCUCGAAAACAAAGCUCGGGCCGCGGAAACUACGCUCUUAAAGGCGCAGACUGGCAUUGAAGAGCGCGCGACACAAAUCAAAGUUCUAAAUGACCAUAAUACCGAACUUUUGCGUCUAUUAGAGCACGAGGAAGCGCAGACCUCGGCAUUGUCUUCUAAAACAAGCACAUUGGCGUCAGAGCUCGAGACAUUACAGACGCGCUAUGCUUCUCUUUUGUCAUCGGCUAAGACACACGAAGAAAUUGCAACUCGUGCAACGCGUGAAGGACAACUGCGAGCAGAAGAACUGCGGUUACUUCGUAACGAGAGUGACCAGCUACGAGCGUGUAAUAUUGAGCUGAAAAUGAAGACGGAGGUUGAACUUGAAUCCCUACAUGAGCAGCUUCGUUUACGCAAGGAAAAACAAUAUCAGCUACUGGAAAAAAUGCAACAAUUGGAGGAACUUAAACGACAGAGUGAAGAUCAACUUGCAGCACUCGAAGAUAAGAUGAGGAAACUGCACGUUCGGAAUCAGGAGCUCGAGACUCAAGUUCAACUCGAAGCAAAGGCUAAACGUGCUCAAAUUGAUGCUAACAAACAAUUCUUCACCGAAAAUGGAAACUUGCUUCGUGAUAAACAGGAGUUACAGACGCGAUUUGACAAGGCAGAACAGGAACGUUCUCGGAUGGAAGCAGAGAAUCGCGACUCCGCAGAUCAAUUGCGAGAAAUGGCCGAAAAGGUUUUCCAGUUGUUAGAGCGGUUAAAACUAGCAGAAUUGGGUAAGACAAAUGCUAUCGAUGGCUUGAAGCAGAAAGAAAUUGAGCUUCUUACAAUGAAGAAGAAAAAUGCUCGACUGCUGAAGGAAGGAACACAGGAAGGCAAAGCCCGUGUCAAGUCUGAGCUGGAUAAGAAAGUCCUGCUUGAACAAUUGCAGGCACUCAAGAAGCACAACGCACAGUUGUCACUACGCUGCAGUGACGAGGUCAAAGCAAAGCUCAAGGAGGCUGACGAACGCAAACAGCUCGAGGAGAAGCUUAAGAUAAUGAAUUCCCGGAUUGCUUUUUUGCUAAACAAGAUGCAAGCUGACGAAGAGGCGAAAAUUGUGAGCAAGGAAAAUACGAAAAAGUUGCAGGCACAAGUAACAACCUUGCAGGAGAAGGGAGCAGAAGUCGCGCACAAACUUCAUUCGACAGCUGAAAGCAACCGAGUUGUCACGGAAGCACUGCGCUAUAAACAAGACCAGCUGGAUGCACAGGUGAUAAAAUUUGAAGCUAUGCAGAAGAAAAUGGCUGAAAUGGCACUUGCUAUGGAGCAAUCAGGUGUCCCAAUGACCAUAGGAGAUGGAGAUAAGCCGCACGAAAGACCUCAACGGGGGGAUCAAGAAAUGACACAUCCAGAAGAUGCUGCGGCAGCAGCAAACGGACGAUUUUUUGUUGAAUGUCGCCCUUCGCAUGGUGGUUUAUUACUCAUCAAAGCAAAACGCAACAACUUUACACCGAAGGCGCAACAGCAGUCUAUUGACUUUCUUGAACAUAUGAACAUCAACUCUUUUCUCAAGAGAGCUCAAAAAAGCUUAAACACUAAGCAGCUACUCGUGGAAAAAAUCGCCGCAUUGCUCACUACAAUCGUAACGUGCCAAGAUGCAGUCAGUGAAAUCAAAGAGCAAAAUGAAGCAAAAAACGAGCGAAUGACGCACCUUUCACGUAAAAUUCACUGGAUGCAAGAACGCUUGACUAUCGAAGAAGACGCCAAACGAAAAAUGCUUUUGCGAUAUGUGCAUGAAGUCAAGUCUCGUGCGGUUUUGGCGUCAAACAAUUCAAGCGAUCAUGAAAUUCUAUCGUCGGGUGGUAAUCUGAGACUUCCUGAAAGUGGAAUUGGUGACGAGGAAGUACAUGCCAUUGCUGCACUUGUUCGCAAUGCUACCAGUCUAUUUGAGCUUCAAUUACGAGGCAAUGCAAUAUCUAGUGAAGGAGCUCGCGCGAUUGCUGCAGUAUUGGGCAUGUCAUCCUGUCGUCUGCGGCAUGUGGACUUGAGAAACAAUCACAUCGGUCGAGAUGGAAUCAAAGUGCUUGCUGAGGCUUUGGAACGAAAUGAGCGGAUUAAGCAUGUGUACGUCCAUGUGAGUGGAAAGAUCGAGGCUCUCGGUACAACCUCUCGAGCGCCACAAAACGCGUCUGUGAACGCACAGAUUUCAAAUGCUGCAACAUUUGGAACGUCGGACUCGUCACAAGCAUUACUCAUUAAUGUCGAGACGGUCUGUGUUGUGGACGUACGAGACCAAAAUAAGAUAGAUUCGAAUGAGAUUAGCCUAAAUCUUUGCACUGACAUUGCGAACGAUCCACGAAUCACUGCUGGUGCAGCAGUGUCGGGAAGCUCACUAAAAUUGAAGCUGACGGGGAUUACCGGAGACCUCGGAAGCUCAAAGUCAUCAAAUGUCGACCGCGGUAGUAAAAAUCUGUUUUUGCGACGACCCUUGUCUUCUGCUGCAUUAAAGCGACAACGUGAACGCUUUGCGCUUGACCGAAAGAAACGUCAAGAUGAGGUCAAGCGUCAAGCGCGCAAAGAAGCCGACUGGGCAGGCCGUUCGGGAGGUCUGGAAUCCAGUCCAUUGUGCAACAAGAAACUGCCUCCGAUAGCAACUAGUGCCACAGACACCAAGGGCGUGACAAGGACGAGUUCCGCUCCUAUAUUGUCUAAAAAUGAAGAUUGCAAAACUGACUCCCAAACAGCAGACGAUCCUGCCGAAAGCUGA